AUGGGACAUGAGAAUCAGACUUUCAGCAGUGACUUUAUUCUUUUGGGACUCUUCUCUUCUUCCCAAACAAGUCUGAUCUUCUUCUCCUUCAUUUUCAUCAUUUUUAUUAUGACUGUAACAGAAAAUGCAGUCAUGAUUCUCCUUAUCCGCAGGGAAUCUCAGCUUCACACUCCGAUGUAUUUCCUGCUCAGCCAUCUCUCUUUUAUGGAUAUCCUGCAUACCAGCAACAUUGUUCCCAAAAUGAUCAUCAACUUUCUGGCAGGAAGCAGAAUUAUUUCAUUUGCAGGUUGUGGCUUCCAAAUAUUCCUAUCCCUCACCCUCUUGGGUGGUGAGNACCUCCUCCUGGUGGCGAUGUCCUAUGACCGCUACGUAGCCAUCUGUCACCCGCUGCGCUAUCCCAUUCUUAUGAAGGAAAACGUCAGCAUCCUCAUGGCUGGAGGGUCCUGGCUCGUUGGGGCAGUCAACUCCACAGUCCACACGGCUUUCACACUCCACUUUCCCUUCUGUUCCUCAAGAACCAUCGAUCACUUUUUCUGCGAAGUCCCUGCCAUGUUGGUUUUGUCCUGUGUGGACACGACACGCUAUGAACGAGGAGUUUAUGUGAGUGGCAUCAUCUUCCUUCUUGUUCCGUUCUCUCUUAUCUCUGCCUCUUAUGUCCAAAUCCUCCUUACUGUCUUCCAAAUGCAAUCAUUGGAGGCACGGAAAAAGUCAUUUCCUACCUGUUUCUUCCACAUGAUCGUGGUCAUAAUGUACUACGGGCCAUUUAUUUUCACGUAUAUGAGAACUAAAAAGUACCACAGUCCAGGCCAGGAUAAGUUCCUAGCAAUAUUCUAUACCAUCCUCACACCUUCUUUCAACCCAAUUAUCUACAGCAUCAGAAAUAGAGAUGUUUUAGAGGCAAUGAAAAAUAUACCCAAAAGUAAAAUUUUCCAUAAGAAAUUAUAG